AUGGUGUGGUGGGAGGCAGUUCUAUCACCAGCCCUUCAGGUGCUGUUUGACAAGUUAGCUUCUGGGGACAUCUUGAACCUCCUAAAGGGAUGGAAUAUUGAUGAGCUACUUCUUGACAAGUUCAAGAUUGCUUAUGUUACCAACACUGCUGUGGUUGAUGAUGCAGAGGAGAAGCAAUACAACAACCUAGCUGUUGAAACAUGGCUGGGCAUGCUCAAACAUGCUGUUUAUGAAGCUGAGGACACUUUGGAUGACUUGGCCACUGAAGCUCUUCGAUUUAAAUUAGAGUCUAAUUCUCAAACCAUCGCAGAUCAGGUACGCAAUUUGAAGUUUCCAUCUUUCAAUCCUUUCAGUGAACGCAUGGAGUCUAAGAUAGAGAAGCAUAUUGAAAAACUUGAAUUCAUUGCAAAACAAAAAGAUGUUCUUGGUUUGAAAAGUGACCAUGAAGGAACGUUUAGAAUCAUGACAAGAGUACCAACUACUCCACUGUUGAUUGAGUCUCAUGUUUAUGGUAGGGAUGAUGAUAAAGAGGCGAUAAUUAAAUUGUUGGUGGCUGAUGAUGAAACAACUAGUAACAAUGAAUUUUGUGUGAUUCCUAUAGUGGGAAUGGGCGGUCUUGGCAAGACCACUCUUGCUCAGAUUGUCUACAAUGACAAGAGAAUGGAUGAUUAUUUUGAUGUAAAAGCAUGGGCUUGCGUAUCAGAUGACUUCAAUCUCAUAAGCAUAACAAAGGCGCUUCUUGAGUCAGCAACCAAUAAAGCAUGUGAUACCAUGAAUUUGGAACUACUUCAGAGUAGUUUGAGAAAGAAAUUGAGCAAAAAGAAAUUUCUAAUUGUAUUGGAUGACAUAUGGAAUGAAAGCUAUGACGACUGGAAUGAUCUUACGAUUCCUUUGAUGGUUGGAGAUUGUGGUAGUAAAAUUGUUGUAACAACACGCAACAAAGAGGUUUUAUCUGUCAUGAUGAACACACUCCCCAUUUAUCAGCUGACGGAGAUGUUGGAGGAUGCCUGUUGGUCAUUAUUUCUGCGCCAUGCAUUUGGAAACAGAGAUUCAAAUGCGUAUCUGAACCUGCAUGCAAUUGGCAGAAAAAUAGUCAACAAGUGUAAAGGCUUGCCUUUGGCUGCAAAGACUAUAGGUGGCCUAUUGGGUUCUAAACUAGACACUGAUUAUUGGUAUGAAAUUCUGAAUAGCAAGGUAUGGGACUUGCCUUCUAAGAAAAAUGCAAUCCUUCCAGCUCUAAGAUUGAGCUAUCAUCAUCUCCCUACCAAUUUGAAGAGGUGCUUUGCAUGCUGUUCAAUCUUUCCACAAGAUUAUGAAUUUGAUAGAAAGAGUUUAGUCUUGUUGUGGAUGGCUGAAGGUUUUUUAUAG